AUGUCAGGGGACCAAGAUGUCGCCCGCGACCACCAGCGCCAGCACGCGGAGGAGGAGCUCGAGGAGGCUGCUGCGGUCGCCUAUGAGGAGACACACGUGCACGGCGUGUACGAGGCCAUCGCGCCGCACUUCUCGGCCACGCGCCACAAGCCGUGGCCCAUGGUGUCCAACUUCCUGCGCGCCCAGCCCCCCGGCGCCGUCGGUCUCGACGUCGGCUGCGGCAAUGGCAAGUAUCUGGCGGUGAACCCGCACGUCGUGCUGCUCGGCUCAGACCGCAGCGCCUCGCUCAUUUCGCUGGCUAGGCGGCAAUUCGUCCACGAUGGUGGUGCUGCUGCAGCACAGGCCGCGGCUGAGGGUGUUGAUGUUGGUGGUGGUGGGCGGCCAGAAAAGGGGUCGGGCACCGAUGUCAUGGUGGCGGACGGUCUCGCCCUGCCCUUCAGGGACGAGGCAGUCGAUUUUGUCAUCUGCAUCGCCGUCAUACACCACCUGUCGACACGCGAGCGGCGUGUUGAUGCCAUACGCCAGUUGCUGAAGCAUGUUAGGAGGAAACAGCAACAGCAGCAGGGCGCCCGCGGCGCAAUCACCGCCGGACAGGCAGAUGACGCAGAUGCAAGCGUGGAUGCAAGCAAGGAUGAUGUUGAUCGCCGCGGCGCCAGCCGAGCUGGCAGCGGCAGUGGCAGCGGCCAGGUGUUGGUCUUCGUGUGGGCACUUGAGCAAGGGACCAGUCGGAGAGGAUGGGACGAGGGUGGAGAGCAGGACCUCCUGGUGCCCUGGGUCAUGAAGCAACAGGGACAACAGAGACAAAAGAAGAUGCAGAAGCAGAAGCAGGCUAGCCGGAAUGGUGAUGAAGACAAGAGCGGUGAGCCGCCGCCAGAUCACCAGCAGCACCCGAGCCACACCGACAAGACAUACCAGCGGUACUAUCACCUCUACAGGAAAGGCGAGCUCGAGGAGGAUGUCAUCGCCGCUGGUGGAGAAGUCCUCUCUGCGGGAUACGAGAGGGACAACUGGUGGGUUAUCGCUGGCAGGAUAUAG